AUGGCUAUCGUAGAAGUCUUUCUCGGUGCGUUCGUCACUGUGCUCCUGGAGAAGAUGGCCUCUGGUGAGUGGUUGAAAUUUCUCCGCCACGAGGGCAUUCUUACCCAGCUGAGCAAUUGGAUCAACACUCUCUCCCAAAUUCAAGCACUUCUCACUGACGCAGAGGAUAAGCAACUGACCGAUCGAGCCGUGAACCAGUGGCUGGACGAUCUCCAGGAUUUGGCAUAUGAUUUGGAUGAUUUAGUGGACGAAUUCUCCACCGAAGCUUUGCGGCGGAAGCUGAUGUCAGAGCAGCCCCAGGCUAGUUCCAGCAAGGUAUGGAACUCCAUCCCCACUUGUUGUACCAAUUUCAAGCCAACUUCUGUCAUGUUUAAUUUCGAAAUGAGGUCCAAGAUUAAGGAGAUCAAUACCAAAUUAAGCAAUAUUUUUGAACAAUGUUCGAAACUUAAUUUGGUUAAGAUUAUUGGAACCACUCCUACACCUACGACUAAGACUUGGCAAAGACCAGAGUCUACAUCUUUAAUUGAUGAACCUCGCGUUUAUGGCCGAGAACAUGAUCAGAGUAAGAUAAUUGAGCUGCUUGUAAGGGGGGAUGAAUCAAGUCAUAGCAAUGUUGGUGUAAUUCCCAUUGUGGGUAUGGGUGGGAUUGGCAAGACCACCCUUGCUCAGAUGGUAUACAACCAUGAAACCGUGAAGCAGCAUUUCGAUUUGAAAGCAUGGGCUUGUGUGUCAGAUGAGUUUGAUAUUCUGAGAAUAACAAAAGCUAUUUAUGAUUCAGUCACUUCCCAAACAUGUAGUUUUAAUAACUUGGAUCAAGCUCAAGUUAAACUGCAGAAGGUUUUGGCUGGAAGGAAGUUCUUAAUUGUUUUAGACGAUGUCUGGAACAAUAAAUACAGUGACUGGAAUGUUUUGAAGAAACCUUUCAGUGAUGGAGCCCAAGGGAGUAAAGUCGUGGUGACAACACGUAACAGAGAUGUUGCAAGAAUGAUGGGAGCUGUUGAACUUCAUGACAUUGAGGUCCUAUCAGAUGAAGAUUGUUGGUCGCUGUUUGAACAACAUGCCUUUGUGAAUCCAAGUAUUGAUGCAAAUCCAAAUUUGGUAUCAAUUGGUAAGAAAGUUGUGGAGAAAUGUGGAGGUUUGCCUCUGGCUGCUAAGACACUCGGUGGCCUUUUACGUUGCAGAGAACGAUAUGAGGAAUGGGUUAAUGUAUUGCGUAGUGAAAUAUGGGAUUUAUCACAUCAAGAAUGUGAUAUCCUACCUGCUUUGAGAUUGAGCUACAAUCAUCUCCCUUCGCAUUUGAAGCAAUGCUUUGCAUAUUGCUCAAUAAUACCCAGCUACUAUGAAUUUGAGGAAGAGGAGCUAGUCUUGUUGUGGAUGGCGGAGGGCUUUGUUCAACAAAGAGAGAAGCAAAUGGAAGAUGUAGGAGAUGCUAUGCUGGAGCUUCCUGGGAGUAUUGAAGUCAAAAUAAUGGAUAAUUGUUUAUGA